GUCCCGCAGUCACCAUGGUGACGGGGUUGUGUCCGGGGAGGCUGUGAUGGGUUGACAGGUGCGUGACAAUCGGAGCUCUCUGUAAGCAUGUACGCCAAAGGCAAGAGUAACAACGUGCCGUCCGACAGCCAAGCCAGGGAAAAGUUAGCGCUCUAUGUGUACGAGUAUUUGCUACAUGUCGGUGCUCAGAAGUCAGCACAGACGUUCCUGUCAGAGAUAAGAUGGGAGAAGAACAUCACGUUAGGGGAGCCCCCUGGGUUCCUACACUCGUGGUGGUGUGUGUUCUGGGACCUGUACUGUGCGGCACCUGAGAGACGAGAGACAUGCGAGCACUCGAGCGAAGCCAAGGCGUUCCAUGACUACAGUGCUGCUGCCGCCCCAAGCCCCGUCCUUGGAAACAUGCCUCCAGGAGAGGGGAUGUCAGUGGGGCCAGUCCCUCCAGGCUUCUUUCAGCCCUUCAUGUCACCACGCUACCCAGGUGGUCCCAGGCCUCCACUCAGAAUACCCAGUCAGGCACUAGGAGGAGUCCCCGGUAACCAGGCCUUACUACCCAGCGGAAUGGAUCCCACGCGACAGCAAGGUCAUCCAAACAUGGGUGGAAUGCAGAGAAUGACACCGCCCAGAGGAAUGGUGCCUCUCGGGCCACAGGGUUAUGGUGGAGGGAUGAGGCCUCCACUGAAUGCCUUAGGUGGUCCAGGGAUGCCAGGGAUGAAUAUGGGACCUGGAGGAAGACCGUGGCCGAACCCACCCAACUCUAACUCGAUCCCCUACUCCUCGGCAUCUCCGGGGAGCUAUGUGGGUCCCCCGGGAGGCGGCGGCCCCCCAGGAACGCCCAUCAUGCCAAGCCCAGCAGACUCCACCAACUCCGGCGAGAACAUGUACACCAUGAUAAAUGCAGUCCCACCAGGAGUGAGUCGGCAAAACUUCCCCAUGGGCCCAGGGGGAGACGGCCCGAUGGGCGGGAUGGCCGGUAUGGAGCCCCACCACAUGAACGGAUCACUAGGUUCAGCUGAUAUGGACAGUAUCCCCAAGAAUUCCCCCGGCAACCUCAGCAUGAGUAACCAGCCCGGCACCCCACGAGAUGAUGGAGAGAUGGGAGGCAGCUUCCUCAACCCCUUUCAGAACGAGAGCGUACGUGCCCUCCUACUCCUGCAUACUCUCCAAAUAUGACCAUGAGCGUGUGAGCAUCGUUUUUUGAGAUCCUGAGGAGUCAGCAAGGAGACAAGGGAAUUAACUAGUGCAGACGCGCUGUAGCCAGCCUUCUUUUACACUCGUAAGGAAGUGGGUCCAAGCCUCUCCUCCCCAUCCUCCCCUCCCUUCCCUACAUCGCUCUCUUUUGUAAUGUUGUUUCACUUCUUCAGCUACAGAGGACUAAGAGCUGAACUCUAACCAAUCACACAGAGGGAAGACUACAACAAGUUAACAUUGUUAAUAUUUGUAUCUUUUGUGUAUAUAUGUGGGUGUACAAUCAGAAGCUACAUGUGCAUGUGUAUACAAAUGGAAGUAUAUUACUUGAUCCGUGUAUUGACGGACAAGCAGACAAACGAAAACUGUAUAUAUUGAGUUUGAACUUCAGUGGUGUCUUUUUUUUCCUUAUCAUUUUCAACUAAAUCCAAUCAUAACAUUUCUUAUUACUCAAUGAUGUCUCUCCCUGAUGUUUUUGUAUAUAUAAAAAAUGUGUGAAGUACAAAGGAAGGGCACAAAAAUAAUUGUCUGGGUCCCAAAACAACUAAUAGUACACAUGAUCAUCAGAGUAAGGGCUGAUUCCUGUCUAAUAAACAAGCUAAAACAGCACUGCAUUGAUAUAACCUAAGUGACACUGUCAUGUCGAUAAUCAUAGAGAUGGUGUUGGUCAUAUAAUAAUUAUUGAUAAAAACAGAUCAUGAAACAAAUAGUUUUUCUAAAACAAACAACCCCUUGUUUUCAUACUAAACGCUUCACCAGCCAUCCCCCUGUUGUUGUGGCAAAGGAUUGUGCUGAGUCAUGGUUCACUCUACGGAGUUCUAGUGAUGAUGCCCUUGCUUGCCUGGUCUGUUCCUGUUACCUAACCAGAAAGAUGAUUCAGCAGCAUGUAGACAGAUAACUGUAGCACUAUGUAUGUCUGCCACAAAAUUAGUCAGGCCUCUUGCCAGAAUAUUGUGAAACAUUUCAAAUAAUUUCAUACAAGGGCAAACAUGGCUGAAGGGUUUACAGGCGAGAGUAACAGGUGACACAUAAGAGAAUGUUUGGAGAUGUUGAUGAGCUUGUUUUUCAUGGGCCCACGUGAAACGAUAAAAUGCUCCUCUCUACAUCUCUUUCUCUUUUUUUUUUCCUAAUUUAUAGUUGUGUUACCCGGAAAUACUGUGAUUUCCUUUCAAUGCGAUUUUUUUAUCUGGGUCUUGUUUAAGUUGAACCAUAAUAAUGAUCAUGAUUACCAUUGUUGCUAUUAUUAUGAUAUAUUUACUAAACCUUUUUACACAGCAAAGUGUAAUUUUAUAGCCUGGGAAUUCAACUUAUCUGUGUUUCUGUGAAUUAUUUAAAGAUUAUACUGUACAAAUGAUGCAAUGUUUUUAGUGUUAUUUGUAAUAACAUCUGCCUUUGGUCAUGUUACUUCUAUUGCCACACAACUAGUGUGUAACGUGUGUCAUUUUGGUUUUGUUUUGUUUAUUUUUCUCCCCAAAAUGUUGCCUGACAAUUUUGAAAAUUCUUCGUAGAUGUAAUUCAUGUUUCCUUUUUCAUUUGAAUAAUUGAAUUGUUUAAUGGUUCAGCUUAAUUUGUGAAGUGUUUAUUUUCUACCUUGUGUUGACUUUUGUAAAUACACUGGGAAGUUUUGAAUACACUGUACUGAUAUAAAGCUUCUCAUCCCUGUUUAACAGA